AUGCCGGUGACCGUCAACGAGCCCAGCGGCGAGUCCCACCCCCUCCACCACCGCAAGCACCACUACACCUUCCGCAAGUCCCCCUACCUCGUCUCUCUUGCAUUUCUCCUCGUCGCUACAGCCUUGACACUGCUUAAUAUCCAUGUGCCGCAGUUGAUCCAUGUUGUUGGUCGUUCACCGGGUCCGACGCAGUUUGAGACUAGGUAUGGCACCUGUACCCGCUCCCUAGCCUCCUCCCCUAACACCACCGCCCUCCUCCUCCCCGCCCAUCCUCUCCCCCACGAUGUAGAGCUCCCAAUGCCGGCCAUCUUUGACAGCCUCCCAUCCUCAUCCCUCGUAGGAGGAGGCGGAAUCGAAGGACCGAUCGGCCAUCCGGCGGAGGGUGAUGGACAUGAAUGGGUUUGUCAGGAUUUCCCUACCAGGUCGGAGUGUGAGCAAUUCGGCGAAAAGUUCUGCGUACUCUGGUCGACUGCAGGUUACGCCGCACAAUCAUCGCUCGUACCAUGCCUUGCUUCCCUCUUGUCUCUUUUGUUCAUCUUUCUUCAUCGAGCCCGCAGACAACAAUGGAAACUCGUUUCCGUCACCAUGCUCAUCCACUGCCUCUUGCAAGUCCUAUCAAUCGGUAUGAUCUUGCAUGUGUUUAGGACGGAUGAAAGGUUUGAGAGUAAGGGUUCUCAUCUUGACAAAUCCUUCUCCUUCGGCGUAUCCUCCGCCCUAGUAUCCUUAACCCACGCACUCUUCCUAACCCUUACAGCCUACUCUGCCCGUCUCGGGCAUUCAUGGGCAGCAGGCAAGUCUGCCAAAAAGUCCAGGCGUCAUCGUAGAACCCAUUCGGGUAGGGUCGUGUUGAUAGAGGAUGGGGUGGAAGUGCCGGUGGGGGAGAGGGUCACUGUUGGGGAGGCUAGGGUUGUUGCUGGAGAGGCGGGAGAGAGGACGGGGUUGUUGGAGGGUGAUAGUGGGGAAGCGGCGGGGGGCGGGAGGGAGAGGGCUACGGAUAGUGCUGUUUAA